AUGAAUUCUUCGCACAAAUCGGAAAGUGCGAUUGCUAGCAGUCUUCCCAAUUCCCAAAACGAAACAAGCGAUGUGCUUGCGGACUUCAUAAAUAAACACAUUGAAGUAAAUUCAACAUUUAAUAUUCCAAAGGUGUCUAUCGAUUUCGUGAGAGAAGAACUUAAUAAAUUGGAUGACGCAAAAUCUACGGGACUUGAUGGAAUUUCUCCAAAGUUAUUACGUUUGGGUGCGACCGCUAUAGCCCCUUCUGUUACCUGGAUUUUAAAUUUGUCUAUUACUACUUCUACGUUCCCAGAUGACUGGAAAGUCGCUAAAGUCGUAUAA